GCCUGUCACAACCAACAACACCACCUGUCCGUGAAAAGUUUGUCUUGAAUCAUACCGGAGCUUCUGCAAACACAUCCCUUCAUGUAAACAAGGCUUUAAGCCCGUCACAACCAACAACACCAGCUUCGCCUAACCAAAUCAAUGGUGAUAUCUUACCUCCAUGCCCGCGCAAGAAGAGGACCGGGAAGAGCCCUCUGGGAUCAAAUGGAAGGGCCGAUGAAGCGAAACCUACAGAUAUUUCUAUUAAGGAGAAUGGCGUGGCGGGUCCUUCUGGUUUAAAGAUACCGAUGCAACAUGUUCAAAGUAGAUCUGCAACGAAGCCGCCAAAGCAUCGACGCGGAGCGAUUUCAUUGUUUCGUGAUCAUAUUUGUGAGCAGAGGAAGCGCCGGCUUGAAGCUUCUGAAAUGGAAGAAGGGAAAAGGAUAAAAAUCAAGGAACUCAAUUCCAUUCAGGCGCCCAUUGGAGUUUCUUAUGGACCUUCUAGUGUUGGGGGGAAAAGGAGAUCUUUUCCUUCGGCUGUAGCUUGUAAUCGUGAUAAUGGCGAGCUGUACAAUUCCGAGGAUUUAAAAAGGUCGAUGGAAAGAGUAGCAGAAGCACAAGGAAUAAAGGUGACGUUGGGCUGUGCUGAUUUACUGAAUAUAGCAUUGAAUGCUCAUUUAAAACGUAUUUUAAAGUUUACUAUUGAGCUAGCAAGGGGCAGAUCAAUGCACAAGCCAACAAAAGAUCCUGUUUUGAGGCAACAAUUUAAUGGCAGACCACUCAAUGGUAUUUGGGCUGGAAAUCACAUGAAAUUACAAAACGGUUUAGAGUCUAUGAAUGUCAACAAUGUUCAUAGGAACCAGUACAUGAUUUCCAUGCAAGAUUUUCAGGCUGCAAUGGAGCUGAAUCCGCAACAACUCGGUCACAACUGGCCGUCACUACUUGAGAGGAUAAGCCUCCAUUCAUUCAAAGAAUAACAGAACUCCGAGCCAAAUUUCUGAGGGUGGAAACCUCUUCAUUUAACAGUUUCGGUUUGAUUUUUUUAUUCGUUGAUUGAAUGUUAGUUCCUUGCAUUAUUAAUGUUUCUUAGCCAACCAUUGCGGCACCAGAAACAAGAAGGACAAGUGACCAGAGGAUACAUAAUUUGGCUCAUUUGCUGUAUAAUAAUGCCAAAGCUUGAAGCUUUGCAUGUAAUUAACG